GAAAGAAAAGGAAAGAAAAUGCCCGUUUCUUUUUGCUUCUACCCCUCUCCAGAUACGCUGCUCUGCCCCCGGUGGUCCCGGCCCAACUUUCUGUUAAGCCCCUACCUGCGGUUGAAAUUUUCCCAUCCUGAGGAAUUCCACCAUGCACGCACAAACAGAGGAGCAUCGAAAAAUCAUGUUGACACGUUACUUGGCGUGAACACAUUUUCUAAAGCGGGGCAAGUAAAGAUCCAAAAAAAAAAAAUAAAACAGCCAAAGAAACAGCCGAAGAAAUAGCCAACGAAACAGGAGAGAUAGGUAUGCAUAAUGGGGAGCAUCGUGAAAAAAUGGGAACUGGUGAAGCCCAAAAUGUUAUUCACCCUUCGGUGGACUGAAAGGUAUUUCCACCACCUUAGCCUGAGCAAUGAGUUGAAAUACAAAAAUGUAGAAACCCACCAAAGGUACUACAUGUUUAACCAGAUGAGGGGGAAGAAGAAUCGGAAAAAAAGGGAAAGAGGAAACUUAAAUGAUGAGCAGAAGAAAACAAAAUUGAAAGUCCCCCCUGUGAGGCUGGAAGACAGGACAACGGUGUGCGAACCUCCAAAUGUUAUUAGCAAAAAUAUUAAAAAGGAAAUUAUGAAAGUAUGCGUUGGAAAGGAAAGAACGAGGAGACAUUUUAAGUUCCGAAAUAAAUAUCGAAUGAGGAAAAUGUUAAGUCUAACUCAUGAUCAGGAAAAUAUAAAAGAUAAGAAAAAAAACCCAAGCACAUUUGUAACUCCGCUGACAAAAUUACAACAUGAAGCCACCUUGCCAAGAACAAUGCACCACGACAGAUUUAGUUUUCCCCACUCCUUUCAGUAUUCGGUCAUCUGGCACGGGUCUUCUAGUGUGGACCACGAGGAAAACAACAUUUGCUUUUUCAGUUCCCACAUUAGGGAUUUAUCCCUGUCUGCGCGGGAAAGGAAAAAGAUGACGGACAUUUUGGGGGAGGAGCGCGUCGACGCCAAAAAUGAAAUGAUCUUCCUCGAGAGCAACUUCUUCAACACGUACAACCACAACGCGGCGUACUUGGGGGACGUCGUCCAGUUUUUGAUGCGCCGGGUCCGCAGUUUGUGA